CCCUGGCUCAAUUUCACUCGUCUGAUGUAGGGGUAAACAUGUCGGUAAUGGGAGGUGGUACGAGAGGGUUUUAUUUCAAUACAGUCCUGUCUUUGGCCCGCUCUUUAGCUGCCCACCGCCCCGCACCGGUAGAGAAGGUCCAGAAGCUACAAUGUAUGUGUCCAGUAGAAAUCCGUGGCGUAUUCACUCUCGAUGUGCGUCGCAGAGAUGCUGUGAUAGCGUUGGCUGUGUUUCUGGUGGAAUCUGGCUUACAGCACAAAGACAUGCUUGUUUCUUACUUGCUGAGCUUAUUGAGAGGGCUGCCACGGGUUCAAUGGAUUGAAGAGAGCUUGGGAAAGAAGGGAAAGGACUCUCUUCCAGUUGCAGAAAACUUUAGCUUCUGUUUAGUGACCCUGUUGGCAGAUGUGGCUCAGAGGGACCCCGAUUCCAGACAAGAGAUCUUGAACACUGUAAUGGAAGUCAUGCAGGCAUUGCAAGACAUGUGCCAAACACCUGAUAACCAUGAUAAAGUCUACCUGUGCAGGUAUAUUGUUCCGAGCCUACUGGGUAUGACUCGAGCGUUUGGCCGCUACAGCAACACAGAUGAUGCCCUGCUGUCCAAGUUGUUCCCCAAAGACUCUCCACAGACUCGCUGCGUCACGGAGGAAACAGAGGGGAUUCGCCGCAGGUCCUUCAAUGACUUCCGCUCCAUCCUGCCAUCAUCGCUGCUCACAGUGUGUCAGAGCGACACUCUGCGCAGACGCACUGGGGCCAAUCAGGAUUCAUUUUCACAGGUGUGCACAGAUCCAGGAGGCCACUCUCCCUGCUCUCCCACAGCCCCUGGGCCACAUUACUUUGAAGGUGCCUACCUCCCAGACAGCAGCUCAGUAGACCCUGACUACUAUUUCUCUACGGUCAGCUCCAGUUUCUCCAUGUCUCCUCUGUUCAUGGGAGCAGGAGAGAAUGAGGUGGAGGUGCCUGUUGAUCUGCUGCGACAGCUCCUUGGCAUGGUAAAAACGUUUGUUUCUGAUGCUUUCUUGAAAACACUGGAUGCCACCAUGAAUGAAGUUACAGAGACUAACCCUGGAAUCAACCUGUAUUACAAAACCUUCAGUGAUCCUCUCUAUGUGUGCGUCUUCAAAAUGCUGCGGGACACACUCUACUACAUGAAAGCCUUGCAGUCAACCUUUGUGCGAGAGGUGCACGACUUCGUGCUGGAACAGUUUAGCAGCAGCCAGUCCGAGCUGCAGCGGGUACUUCAUGAUGCGGGGGGGUUGCCAGGGGAACAAAGCCCCCUCAAGCUUCGUUGCCAAGCCAACGCUGCCUGUGUAGACCUCAUGGUGUGGGCUGUGAAAGAUGAGCAAGGGGCAGAGAAUUUGUGCACCAAACUCUCAGAAAAGCUGCAGUCGAAAACCUCGAGUAAAGUCAUCAUUGCUCACAUGCCCCUGCUCAUCUGCUGUCUACAGGGCUUAGGGCGUCUGUGUGAGAGGUUCCCAGUGGUAGCUCACUCUACCACAACAUCACUCAGAGACUUCCUGGUUGUUCCCUCUCCUGUUCUUAUUAAACUCUACAAGUAUCACAGCCAGUACAGCACGGGCACAGGAGAAAUCAGGAUCAAUGUAACCAAUGAGCAUUCGCAGGCCACCUUUAAUGUCCUGUCCAACAGAAAGGACCAACCAUCCAUGUACGAACAACUCAGAGACAUUUCCAUCGACAACAUCUGCAGAUGUCUGAAAGCUGGCCUGACCAUGGACAGUGUUAUUGUGGAGGCUUUUCUGGCCAGUCUGUUCAACCGUCUGUACAUUUCACAGGAGAAUGACAAGGAUGCUCAUCUAAUCCCCGAUCACACCAUUCGAGCACUGGGCCACAUUGCAGUUGCUCUGAGAGACACACCUAAAGUCAUGGAGCACAUCCUCCAAAUCCUUCAACAGAAAUUCUGCCAGCCUCCAUCACAGCUGGACGUCCUUAUCAUAGACCAGCUCGGCUGCAUGGUCAUCACAGGAAAUCAAUACAUCUACCAGGAGGUGUGGAACUUGUUCCAGCAGAUCAGUGUAAAAGCCAGUUCAGUGGUUUACUCUGCUACUAAAGACUACAGAGAUCAUGGCUACAGACACUGCUCUCUGGCUGUGAUCAAUGCUCUGGCCAACAUUGCGGCCAACCUGCAGGGGGAGCAACUUGUGGAUGAACUGAUGGUGAACCUUCUAGAGCUGUUUGUCCAGCUUGGCCUGGAAGGAAAGAGGGCCAGUGAGAGGGCCUCAGACAAGGGGCCAGCACUUAAGGCAUCAAGUAGUGCUGGAAACCUUGGGGUCCUCAUUCCAGUGAUUGCUGUGUUGACUAGACGGCUUGUACCAAUCAAAGAGGCCAAGCCUCGCCUCCAGAAGCUGUUCCGGGACUUCUGGUUGUACUCUGUGGUCAUGGGUUUUGCUGAAGAAGGCUCAGGCCUUUGGCCGGAGGAAUGGUAUGAAGGUGUGUGUGAAAUUGCCACCAAGUCUCCUCUUCUCACCUUCCCCAGUGGAGAACCUCUACGCUCUGAACUACAAUACAACUCUGCACUGAAAAAUGACACAGUAACCCCGGCUGAGUUAAGUGAGCUGCGGGCGACCAUCAGUAACCUCCUGGACCCGCCUCCUGAAGGUUCUGCUCUCAUCAAUAAAUUAGAUUUUGCCAUGUCCACAUACCUGCUGUCAGUCUACAGGCUGGAGUACAUGAGAAUGCUGCGAUCAAAUGAUCCCGACCGGUUCCAAGUCAUGUUUCGAUACUUUGAAGACAAAGCCAUACAGAAAGAUAAAUCUGGUAUGAUGCAGUGCAUUAUUUGUGUUGGCGACAAGGUCUUUGAUGUCUUCCUCCAAAUGAUGGCUGAGAAGGCAAAAACUAAAGAACAUGAAGAGGAACUGGAAAGACAUGCCCAGUUCUUACUGGUCAACUUUAAUCACACCCACAAGAGGAUCCGCAGAGUGGCAGACAAGUACCUGUCUGGUUUAGCUGAGACAUUCCCCCAUCUGCUUUGGAGCGGUCGUGUGUUGAAGACCAUGUUGGACAUUCUGCAAACACUCUCUCUGUCGCUGAGUGCGGAUAUCCACAAGGACCAGCCAUACUAUGACAUUCCAGACACCCCAUACCGGAUCACUGUUCCUGACACUUACGAGGCCCGAGAGAACAUUGUGAAGGACUUUGCUGCUCGCUGUGGUGAGAUUCUGAAAGAGGCGAUGAAAUGGGCCCCUUCAGUCACCAAGUCCCACCUACAGGAGUACUUGAACAAGCAUCAGAACUGGGUGUCUGGACUGUCCCAGCACACAGGACUGGCCAUGGCCACCGAGAGCAUACUACACUUUGCCGGCUACAACCGACAGAGUACUACACUGGGUGCUGCUUUCCCUCAGACCACACAGCUGACAGAGAGACCUGCAUGUGUUAAGAAAGACUACUCCAACUUCAUGGCAUCACUCAACUUAAGAAAUCGCUACACUGGGGAGGUGGCUGGCAUGAUCCAGUUUUCAGAGGCGACACACAGCCAGUCAGAUCUAAACAAGCUGAUGAUCCAUCAGAUGACUAACGCUCUGGACAAGAAAGACCCUGAGGCCUUCACUCAAGCCAUGUUCAAGAUGGCUGCCCUGCUUAUAACUACCAAAAACUGUGAUCCUCUGCUCCUCCACCAUCUGUGCUGGUCUCCUCUGAAGAUGUUUACAGAACAUGGUAUGGAGACUGCUAUCGCCUGCUGGGAGUGGCUCUUGGCUGCACACAAUGGAGUUGAAGUGCCAUUCAUGCGAGAAAUGGCGGGUGCCUGGCAGAUGACAGUGGAGCUGAAGAUGGGUUUGUUUUCGGAGGGUAAGGCAGAAGCAGGUCCUCUGGCCGUCUCAGAGGAGAGCCAACCUGCACCCUGUGCUCCUGAUGUCAUCCCUCACUUCCUCUGGAUAGAGUUUCUGGUGCAGAGGUUUGAGAUUGCAAAGUACAGCAGUGCAGACCAGGUGGAGAUUUUCACUGCCAUUCUGCAGAGAUCACUGUCUCUGAGUGUCGGAGGUGCCAAAAGCAGCCUGAACAGACAUGUCGCUGCCAUUGGACCAAGAUUCAGGCUGUUGACUCUGGGUCUAACUCUCCUGCACGCUGACAUUGUGACAAACGCCACCAUCAGAAAUGUGCUUCGAGAGAAGAUCUAUUCCACAGCUUUUGACUACUUCAGUGUCAAUCCCAAAUUUCCCACUCAGACAGAUAAGAAGCUGAGAGAAGACAUCAGUAUAAUGAUCAAGUUCUAUGCCAGCCUCCAGUCAGACAAGAAAUAUCUGGCAGCCAGUCAGCUGGUUCCCCCAGAUCCUCAGGACAUGUCAGUGAACAGUCUGUCGGUGGUGGCGGUAACAGACAGUCGCAGCAGUCUGGAUGCAGCAGUAGGUCAGAGGCAGCAGGUGGCUCAGGGAUGGAUUAACACCUACCCUCUAUCCUCUGGAAUGUCCACCAUAUCCAAGAAGUCUGGUUUGUCUAAGAAAAGCAACAGAGGCUCUCAGCUGCAUAAGUACUACAUGAAGCGCAGGACUCUGCUGCUAGCUUUACUUGCCAGUGAGAUUGAGCGGUUGACCAUUUGGUACAACCCGUUAUCCACUCAGGAGCUCGCCAUUGCUACAGAACAGUCUGUAGAGACCAGCAUCGCGAACUGGAGGUCCAAAUACAUAAGUCUAACUGAAAAGCAGUGGAAGGACAAUGUCAACCUGGCCUGGAGCAUAGCACCUUACCUCGCACUGCAGCUGCCUGCCAGAUUUAAAAACACAGAGGCCAUUGUGUCUGAAGUGACUCGACUGGUGCGAAUGGAUCCGGCUGCUGUGUGUGACGUCCCCGAAGCCGUCAAGUUUUUGGUGACAUGGCACACGAUCGAUGCUGACUCCCCAGAGCUGAGUCAUAUCCUGUGUUGGGCUCCUGCAGAUCCCCCUACUGGACUGUCCUACUUCUCAUCCCUGUACCCUCCACACCCACUCACGGCGCAAUAUGGGGUCAAAGUUCUCCGUUCCUUUCCUCCUGAUGCCAUUUUGUUUUACAUUCCUCAAAUUGUCCAAGCACUCCGUUAUGACAAGAUGGGUUAUGUCAGAGAGUACAUCCUGUGGGCGGCUCAGAAGUCCCAGCUGCUGGCUCACCAGUUCAUCUGGAACAUGAAAACAAACAUAUACCUGGAUGAGGAGGGAAACCAGAAAGAUCCUGACAUCGGUGAGUUAUUGGAGCAGAUGGUGGAGGAGAUCACCAGCUCUCUGUCAGGACCUGCCAAGGACUUCUACCAGCGAGAGUUCGACUUCUUCAAUAAAAUUACCAACGUGUCGGCCAUAAUAAAACCUUUUCCCAAAGGGGAGGAGCGGAAGAGGGCCUGCCUAGAGGCCAUGUCACAGAUCAAAGUUCAGCCUGGCUGUUAUCUGCCCAGUAACCCGGAGGCCAUCGUUCUCGACAUAGACUACAAGUCAGGGACCCCAAUGCAAAGCGCUGCCAAAGCUCCAUACCUGGCCAAGUUCAGAGUCAGGAGGUGUGGAGUCAGUGAGCUGGAAAAAGAAGGUCUGAGGUGUCGCUCCGACUCUGUAGAUGAGGUGAAGAGUGAAGAGGAGGCCAAACGCAUCUGCUGGCAGGCAGCCAUCUUUAAAGUGGGAGAUGACUGCAGACAGGACAUGCUCGCUCUUCAGAUCAUCAGCCUGUUUAAGAACAUCUUCCAGCUUGUCGGUCUGGACCUCUAUGUGUUUCCAUACAGGGUGGUAGCCACAGCUCCUGGAUGUGGAGUGAUUGAGUGCAUCCCAGACUGUAAAUCCCGUGACCAGCUUGGGCGACAGACGGACUUUGGGAUGUAUGACUAUUUCAGAAACCAGUAUGGAGAUGAAUCCACACUAGCGUUUCAGAAGGCGCGGUACAACUUUAUCCGCAGUAUGGCAGCUUACAGCUUACUGCUCUUCCUGCUGCAGAUAAAAGACAGACACAAUGGAAACAUCAUGCUGGACAGCCAGGGCCAUCUCAUCCACAUCGACUUUGGCUUCAUGUUUGAAAGUUCUCCUGGAGGAAACCUCGGCUGGGAGCCCGACAUCAAACUCACUGAUGAGAUGGUGAUGAUCAUGGGUGGGAAGAUGGAGGCGACGCCCUUCAAGUGGUUCAUGGAGAUGUGUGUGAGGGGAUACCUGGCAGUCAGGCCCUACAUGGAUGGAGUGGUCUCCUUGGUGACACUGAUGCUGGACACUGGACUUCCCUGCUUCAGGGGACAGACCAUCAAAUUACUCAAGCAGCGAUUUAAUCCAGGUUUGAGUGAGAAAGAAGCAGCUUCCUUCAUCAUCAAAGUCAUCCAGAACUGCUUCCUCAGUAACAGGAGUAAAACCUACGACAUGAUCCAGUAUUACCAAAACCAGAUCCCAUACUAAACGUCUGUGCCUAAGCAUGUGCAUUUCUUGCGUUACUAGAUUGUGCAUAUGUGUGCUUUUGUUAAUGUUCUCCAUUGAAGACUGUGGCUCAUUGUUACCGCUGAUUGUUGGACGUUGUCGUAUGUGUUUGCUUUAGCUUCUUAUUUCCCUUUCAAAUGGUUUAUUUUUGUUAAAUAAGAGUUGUCUGUUCCUUAUUUAUUAUGUUAUGUUGAAUGUUGUUCUGAUUAAUUAUUGCAUAUUAUUGCACUAGCAUCUUGACUUCUGUGCUCUUAGAGAAAAAAAAUGCACGUUCCCUUAAGACUUUAUCAGAGUUUGUGCCAAUUUGAAAUACUUCGUAGCAUUUGUGAAUGUGGAUUCUUGAAGCUCUUGAUUAAUUUUCCUUGGGGUUUGACAUGUAAUUGGAUACUUGAAGUAGCUGGUGUAGACUGAUUUCUGUUUUGACCAAUGUGGCCUCUUCUCAUGUCGACUGUAUGCCUCUGCUUCCCUCUGUCAUGGACCAGUCAGAGCUCUUGGAUCUGUGGCAUGGUACUUGUCUUGUAUUUAAGGCUGAUUGUAUAGAUCUGGGUAAAACUGUCUGUAUUUUUAGAUUUCUGUAUUUGCAGUUAUCACAGGAAAAGUGAUGCACAUGAGUUCUGGGAAACACUGGGGAGGAGUUUUUUCUUUUUAUAUUUAGAUUUGCCAAAGGGGGAGGGUGGGGAAGACCAUGCACAUAACAGUAAAUCCAACUUUUAUAUAUUGUUUGUGGCUGACGUUAAGGCACAGCUGAAAAUGUUGGGCAGUUGCAUGAAGUUGGGUGUUAACUACCAUGUAGCCUGUGACCAAUGUGAAACAUGGUGAAACUUCUUUUAGUACUCCAAAGUGCUGUGCCCCAUGCCCGUACGGUUUAGCUUUAGCCUUCAUGUAAUGUUACUGAUUGUAAAGAUUUUGCCUCUCUUUGUAUAUUUAUAUCCAUGACCCAUUUUUCUGUCUCCUUUUCUAUCUUCAUGCCUUUUGAAUGAGAAUGCCUCAGAUAUGAAAUCAAAUAAAGAUCUAUUAACUGAAA